AUGGCAUUAAAGCAAGAUUAUAAAAAUUCAAUUAUAGAAAAAAUGUUUACAUUGAACAAAAUUUCGAAUUCCCAAUAUUAUGAAAAUAUAAUAAAUGAAAAAAAAAAAUCAGAAAAAUUAAUAAAUAUAAAUAAUAUUAAAAAUGAUUUGCUAAAUCAAGAUCUGUCCUUGGAUAUAUGCCAAAAAAAAAAAGACUACUAUUUAAAUACAAAAAGUACAAAUAACAUUCAAAAUUAUUUUUAUUUUUAUGAUUAUCGUAAAUGUAUUUAUAAUCUUGAUGGAAAAAUAUAUAUGGAUAAAAACCCUAUUCAAAUAUUAAAUAAUAACAAAGAAAGAGAUUCCCGAUUGAAUGAACCGAUUCCCAUACACAACUACAACUCAUUUAUAUAUGCCUACAAUAUAUGA